AAUAACUUUAAUCAAUUAAAACUACAACAAAAUUUAGAAAAUAAACUCUUUCUCAUAAUACCCCAUCUCCGGCGAGAAAACCCCAUCACCGGCGAUCGUACCGUCUCCGUUGCUUCCGUUGCCGUUCUUCUGACCAACCACCACCGCUCAUCGCCAAAAUGUUCAAGAACACGUUCCAGUCUGGAUUUCUUUCUAUAUUAUACAGUCUUGGGAGCAAACCUUUGCAGAUAUGGGACAAAGAAGUUGUGAAUGGCCAUAUUAAGCGACCACAAGAUGAAGACAUACAAUCCAAUGUGCUCGAAAUAAUUGGGUCGAAUAUUCAGUCCACAUUCAUUACGUGCCCGGCAGAUCCUGCUGCCACACUUGGUAUAAAACUUCCAUUCCUGGUUAUGAUUGUCAAGAAUCUAAAGAAGUACUUCACAUUUGAGAUUCAAGUUUUGGAUGAUAAGAAUGUUAGACGAAGAUUUCGAGCUUCUAAUUUCCAAGGUGUCACUCGAGUAAAGCCCUACAUUUGCACUAUGCCACUGAGAAUGGAUGAGGGUUGGAAUCAAAUCCAGUUUAACCUAGCUGAUUUUACCAAGAGGGCAUAUGGUACUAAUUAUGUGGAGACACUACGAGUUCAGGUCCAUGCAAACUGUCGCUUGAGAAGAAUAUACUUCUCUGAUCGUCUCUACUCUGAAGAGGAACUCCCACCUGAGUUCAAAUUGUACCUUCCAAUGCAGAAAUCAUGAGAGUAUUAUGGGAGGAUGGAAUUGAAGCCACAAGAUGUUUGGAUGUUAUGUGUAGUUCUGCAUUGGCUUCCUUGCACUAAAAAUUGUAUUCUCUGUACUGGUAGAACAAGAACUUGUUACAACUGCUCUACUUCCUUUCAGUGUCAGAUUAAGUUGUGAUGUUUUUCUGUAAUAUUGAACUCAACUUUAUUGAUAAACCUGUUCUUUUAUUGUGUUACCAAAGAAAAAGGGUAGAUAUAUUUUGAAUGCAAGAGAAGAUGUGUGCCUGAUUCUUGGAAGGGGUGUGUGUGGGUUGGUUAAAUUGCAAUGUGCCAUUUACUAUAAAUGUAAUGAAAUCCUUCACUACAAACAGAAAUUUUCAUAUUGGUGUCA